AUGGUUUUUCCACUUUUGACGGGUCCUGCUCUAGCGCUCUCGGAGGCUACUAAUUCCCCUGAGAAUAAUAAAGUUAUAACAAGACAAAUCAAUAGCUAUUUUAUAUUUCGUACAAUAAAUAUCGAAAAUGAAGACAAUAUUUCGAAGCUUUACGGGAUUUCUAAGAUAGCUAAUCCUCAAAAGUUUAAAAUUAGUAAAGAAGCAAGCGAAAAUUGGUAUGAUAUUGCGAGCAGACUUAAAUAUCGACCAGAUGACAAAAUUUUACACAGAGAUUUGCAAACUCGAAAUAAUCUCAUUAAUAGGGAAAGGAAUAAAGUUGCAGACCUUGGAUUGUCUAAAUAUAAAGCAGAAAAUAUAAGAUCAUAUAUUCACAAUCUGACUGUCGGUUUUUGUGAAAUUGAAGGCUUGCGUUCUUUUUUUAAUCCAGAAUAUGCAAUUUUAAGCGGUCUUACAAAACAUAGCUUAAUAAUGUUUUAUUUAGAUUCAUGCAAGAAUCAUAAACAUGGAGAUAUUUUUUGUCCGGAAUUGGUUUAUCAUAAAAAUGUCUCGGGAUGGAGUUAUGUUUUGUCAAAUUCAUUCAAAAAAGAUCCUUUUAAUGAUUAUAAUAUAUUUAAACACGCAAUACCGAAAGUCUCAGGAUAUGAACUUCAGUGGCACUUAUCAUUUGCAGAUGAUUGGGAUAUUGAAGAUAAUCUUGGAAAUCGUUGUCAAAGAUUAUACGAAAACAUUUAUGCCAGGUGUCAUGAAAAAGAGGAAUUUCCGAGGUGCCUAACAUCAGCUGAUGAUGGAGAUAUUGAAGGUGAUUUUGGAAAUCUUUAUCAAGGAUCAUACGAGGUUCUUUAUGCCACGUAUGAUGAUUGUUUAAAAUAUUGUUAUCCACAUGUAAUUAAAAUCACAAGUGAUUUGGAAGGAUUAAAAUUGUCUUAUGGUGGGGAUACUAAAGAUCAAAAUAAUUUUUGCGAUCGUUCUACUCAGUAUUUACCUUUACCUGAGAGUACAUUUGGAUUAUUGGAUUUAACCGUUAUCAAAGAGGAUUAUCUAAGUGGCUACACUGAGGGCACAUAUUCAGUUUCCCUUGGAUUAAUUUCAAAUAGAGAAAGAUUGGUGAAAACGGGCAAAGAUUUCAAUAAUGUAUAUUCCAAUAUAAAUAUUAGGUGCGUCAAUCAAUGUAGAAAUCCGAGAAUCAAUUUAAUUACCACAACAUCCAAGUUACUUUCUUAUUUUCUUGAAAAUAAUGUGGUCAUAGAAGAAAAUGUGCAUGAAUUUCUGGAGUCUGUCUCUCUUGAGAUUUUUUCAAAUAUCAACCCGACAAAUUUUAAAUGUAGAAAAGACGAUUCCUUUCUAGCUAUCCAUUGUGAGAUUUCCAUUCCAUUAGUUGAAAUAAGAUUCGAAGACAUCAAACCGUCCAUUCAGUUAGUUCAAGCUCUGGAAAAUGCUUUGCUUGACAUGAAUCCUUAUGUUUCAUUGUGCAAAGUUUUCGAAAAAUUCGGGCAUUUAAUUCCACGCAAGAUAAUUAUUGGUAAAAAGCUAUCGCGCAAUUGUCACGAAUUUACAUUAGCAUCAUAUAAUAGACCAUUAGAUCAAUACAAGUUAUCUGCAUCUAGUAAGAAAUUUGAUGAAUUUCAAGCUAUACUAGAUGAAUGGAAAACCCUUCUUUCAGUAAGUGGAUUUGAUUCAACCUAUUUUGUGUCUACCGAGGGAAAUAUAGUCGAAAUUGACCAUUUAGAAACGUGGAUCUUAAAAGAUUUUCACCAGUUGGAAAUCAUUGGAUAUUCGGAUUUGAUUCCAACAAACAUGAUUCUCGACUCUCCUAUGCGAAAAGAAAUCGAAAAGUGCUUUAGUAGUAAACUUCAAGUUUUAAUGAAUGGUCAAGUAAAAAUAACCCACGAUCUUCAUUACCGUGUUGAAUUUGAUACUCCAUUACAAACAAACAAAUAUCAAAUUUUUGGUUUUAUUACGUAUGGAAAUAUGGAAAUAGAAAAUUCAACUGUUUCAUUUAAAAACUUCUCCAAUCAUGGGUUUUGUGUAACAUUAAAAAGUUUAAACGACGAACAAUUAAUUGGUGCUAUGAUAUCUUGGGUGAUGAUUGGAAAUCCGCGUGAAAUCGGAUUCUACAGCAGAAAUUCUCGGGACAUCGAUUUAUUACAGACAGGGGUACUGGAUGUUACAAAAAAUGAUAUCCAUUUGUCUCAAAAGGGAGAGGAAUACGUUGUUGCUAAAUUACCGUUUUCACCCGAAACUAUAUCCAAAAGCAGGAUUAGUCUAAAUAGCGAAUAUUUUAUCUCACAAUACUCGAAGGAAACCAACGAUAUUCUUGGAGUCACAGAGAUAUUUCUAUCCUUAUUAAUAAUAUAA